GCUAACAUCUCUAGUUGGGGGCCGGAUUUUGUAAACAGGUGGUUGUUGAUAUCAAUGGAAACACUCGAGCUUAAAACGGAACUGCCUGAAGAUGCAGAGCCUGAAGGAGACCAGGAUCAAUCCGGCCAGGAGCCGACGUCAAGGACUAAAGACAGACUAGUCCCAGGAGAAAGUAGAAUGGAACAGAAGAAGUUGUACGACGUCGGCCGCAUACGAGAUUUCGGCAAUGUUCCCUUUCUGAUAAAGCGAAUGGAGCCGCAGGAUAGCACCGUGACCUACACCAAGGCUGUGGAAGGUGUGGUAGAAGUGCUGGAGCUGCUGUGCCACCACCAGAUUCCAGCCGGAGCAGGGAUCGCCCUUCGGAUUACGCAGCACACGCCAGCAUCGUGCCUUCUUAUCUUAGCGAUACUCAACCACGAGUGCUACUUCUUCGCCACGGAUAAGAUGCUGCUCUCCGAGGCGCUACAUGACCAGUUGUGCUCUGCCGGAGUGGACUACUUGCUGGUCAGUGAACACUUGGGUGUGGGGGCUUUGUACUUUGAGCGACUGGACAGUAUCCAGGUGCUCAACGAGGAGUGCAAGCUGUUCAAGCUGAAGCGCACCGACAAAAGCCCUAGAGUGCAGGCAAAAAAGCCCCUGCCCGCCAAUAUGUGCUACACCAUCACUACAACGGGCACAACUGGCCAACCCAAGCUCAUCCAUGUGCCCUACGAAUGCAUUGCACCCAACAUAGAGUCGCUGAGCCAGAAGCUUAAUGUCUCGAUGGCAGACAUAAUUUAUCUGGGCACGCCCUGCACCUUUGAUCCCUUCGUGGUGGAGAUAUUUCUGGCGCUUCACAAUGGUGCUGCCCUGCUGCUAAGUCACCACUCGAUGAGGGAUUCCCCGAGCCGGGUACUGAAUGCCCUUUUUCCCGUAAACCUGAACAAGCCCGGCAUCAGUCUACUGCAGAUGACUCCCUCGUUGUUCCGUCAGUUUGGAAGCACUGCCAUCAGAGAGCGAGUGUUGAGCAGCGCCAGCUCAUUAAGAGUUCUUCUUCUCGGCGGCGAACCCUUUCCCUCAAAUGCUGAGCUCGUCACUUGGAUGGAACCGCGUGUCUUGCUGCAGAAACACAUUUGCAAUAUCUACGGAAUCACAGAGAUAUCCUGCUGGAGUCUUCUCCACAUCGUCCAGUCCCUGCAGGCUCCUGUACGACUGGGUACGCUCAUCGACGAGGAUACUGUGUUGCGGAUUCAAUGUCAGAGUGAUAGGAAUUUGGACUACGGCGAGCUAUUCCUGGGCAGCAAGACCCGACGUUGUUAUAUACCAGAGAUCGAUGACCAGGUGGAUUCCGAAGAAGAUUCAGGCAUUUGCUUUCGAGCGACGGGAGAUCUAGUCAAUCGCUUGGACGAUGGCUCCCUGUGCUAUGGAGAGAGAGCCAACGAUAUUGUCAAGAGAGCAGGGAAUCGCAUUAACUUGGGCUUAAUCACUCGAAAAAUAGAAAGGUGUCUGCUGAGCGGCGAACUGGCCACUUGCCUGUGGCUGGAGAACUUGCAAAAGCUCAUCUGCUGCAUUCGCUGCCUCGAGCCCAAGACCAAAGUCCAACAGCGAGCCCAGACCUUCGAUAUACUGUCCAAGGUGUCCAUGGCCGAGCAGCCCGAUAGGUUUGUAUACCUACAGCACUUUCCCUGCAACGUCCAUGGCAAAAUGGACAAGGAACUGCUGCUGAAGGAAUGCAUGCCACUGGCUCAGCCGGCGCAGGAAAUAUUAAAGAGUUAUCUGCACGACAGACUAGAGUGUGUGGAUGUGCACGAUGACCAGUUGCCGUCAACGAAGAGGCAGCGCCUGGAGGAGGACUGUCCGAAUCCUUGUGGCUAUUCGCUGAGCUUUCGCCAAGCCGGUGGCACUUCCUUUCACGCCAUCACGAUCUGCCGUGAAAUUGGCCUACAGAUGUGCAUCGAUGAUGAACAGCGCCACUUGUUCGAGAUGUUGCUGGACGAGAACACGCCGCUGCGUUCUGUUCUGCGAUUCCUGGACACGGCCAAGUUGGUGGCCAACAAUGUCAAGCUAAAGCCCGUGGAGCCACUACUGCCGAAUAGGCCCAGCUGUGGCGGCAGCGCCUGCGUCGGCGGCCUGGUAAUCAAGCGCAUUGAACAGCCGACCCUCAAGCUGCAGUACCACUGGAAGGUGAACUUUGAAAAGUGCGUCGACUCACCAGUGACCGAGUACGAGGGGCGUUACGUGUGCGUUGGCGCCCACUCCAAGAUAUUACGAACCCUGGAUCCCCAGACCGGCAAGGAGCUGAGUAUAUUGAGGCUACCCGAUCGCAUCGAGUGCAAGGUGACCUUCCUCAGCGAGCAGCUGGCCAUGGUUGGCUGCUACGAUGGCUGCCUGUACGGCUUCAAUCCACAAUCCGGUGACAUUUUGUGGCGAGUGGAGAUCGGAGGCAUGAUCAAGUCGCAGCCCCUACUCUCAGCCGACGGUUGUCGGAUCGUGGUGUGCAGCUAUGCGGAGGACUAUAAUGUCUAUUGCCUGUCCGCCGAGCGGCAAGAGGUUCUGUGGUGCCUGAGGAUUGGCGAGAAGCCCAUCUUCGCCAGUCCUUUGGAGCUGGCGAAAGAACAAUCAUUGAUUCUAUGCACGCUGGACGGCACCUAUGCUCGUGUGGCCAUCACCGAUGGCUCCGUGGAGUGGACACAGAAGUGCCGGGAGCCCAUCUUCUCCACACCUGUCCUGCUGGAGUCGCAGUCCAAUAUCUUUCUAUGCGCUGAAGUGGCGGGACGCGUUCAUGCCUGUCAUGUGGGCAACGGGAAAAUUUUGGCUACCUACACCGCAGAAGGGAACAUCUUUUCCUCGUUGGUUGUGAAGACGCCACCUACAUUUAUGGGGCAAUCCUUCGUUGUCUUCGGCUGCAUCGAUCAGCAUGUGUAUUGUUUGCAGUGCAAAACGGGCUCGAUCCGGGGUUCAGUGGACUUGGAACUGCGCUGGAAGAUCAAUAUCGGGGCUCCCGUCUAUGCAACGCCCAGUCUGCUAACAGUUCAACCAAAUGGUCUCCUGGUUUGGUGCAGUGCCACCAAUGGCAACCUUGUCCUCCUUAACUUUAGGAACGGCGAGAUCCAGUGGUCGGACAAGCUGCCUGGCGAAGUGUUCUCCGGUGCGUGCUACAUUGAGAGCCUGCGAAGAGUGUAUGUGGGAUGCAGAGACAAUUUCUUGUAUUGCCUGGGGAUUUAGAAGAUCACAAUCUACCAUUCCAAAUAGCUAAAGAAAUACUAGUUCUGCAGAGAAGGUCUUAUUUCCCAGAGUGGAUUGUUUUUAAAAUCCUGGAUGAUUUGCCAAGAUAAUAAAGUCCUGCAUCACAUUUUUCCAUUAUUCUAAAAUGUUAUUAUUAUAACCUAAUCUGAAAUUGUUAAUUAAUCCUAAUAGUUUCUAUGAAGCUGAAUUAAAAUAGAUUCUGAAAUGUAUU